CCUUGCUGGCUGAUUCCGUUUGUACUUUAUAUCUGGGUUGAAUAGACUAGAAGCUGUCUAUAUAGUUGAAGAUUGUGUAGCACCCUUUUAAAGCUGUCUUUUGCAGCUCUAGCUUUUCUUAUAUAACCAUAUUUAUCAAUAGUGUGGUUUGGCAGCCAUGGGUGAGAACAAAACCGCCGCCGCCACCACUACCGUGAUGCAGUCAUCUCAGCUGGAACAGUACCUUCUCUUGGCCAAGACAGCGAAAGGCGCCGCAGCCGCCGAACUCAUCAAGCAGGUCACAGAAGCCCCUGGCGUUCAUGUCUUUGGAGAAUUACUCGACAUGCCCAAUAUUCAGGAGCUGGCAAAUGGUCCCCACAGCAGCUACCUAAACCUUCUCAACUUGUUUGCAUUUGGGACCUAUGCAACAUACCAUGAGAACAAAUCUCAAUUUCCACCAUUAACACCAGCUAUGAUUACAAAAUUAAGGCACCUCACAAUAGUGUCUUUAGCAACAAAAACAAAGUGCAUCCCAUACUCCACGUUGCUAAAAGAACUUGACAUGAAAAACUUGCGGGAGUUGGAAGAUCUGAUCAUCGAUGUGAUUUACGCGGACGUGGUGCGAGGGAAAUUGGACCAGAAGAACAAUCAGCUGGAAGUGGACUACACCAUUGGCAGGGACAUCCGUCCGGAGGACGUCAGCACCAUAAUCCGAGUGCUCCAAGAAUGGUGCACAAGCUGCGAGACUGUAGUGAACAGCAUUGAGUGCCAGAUUGCCCGUGCUAAUGCCAUGAAGGACUCCCACAUGAAACUGAAGCAGCACAUUGACAAUGAGGUUGCAAACAUAAAGAAAAACCUGAAGGUACAAUCACAAGAUGUGGACGACCAGAUGGGUGCUGAUGGCCGGGAGGACAGCCACAUGGACAAGCCGGGCAAGAAGGCAUCCAAGAGCAAAGGGUGAGGUACGCAAGGAGAAAACUGGACUGCAAGUUCCUGCACAAGUUGCAUUGUGGACAAGCCACAAAGCAGUUCCAGACAGAGAAACUACAGUUAUUCUGCAGGAAGCAGUGCAUUGUCAUUGUGUCCAGCUACUGAAAUGGCAGCAUUAUUUUUUGGAACUGGACUCUGGGAUGGCAUCUGACUUGACUGCACGAGACCGAAGAAGCACGAAAGAAGAAAUUGUGGUCUUGACGCA